AGAGGAGGGGGAUAUACAAGGCAUUUCGCAGCUGAUGCAGAAGCUUCUCGCUCGUGUUGGUGCUGUUUUCCGUGAAGCAGUCGCUGCGGUAAACAGCGCCGUGUAUCCGCUCGGUCAGACCUGCACCGGGAUGACCGCGCGCUGCGGACGGACAUUAUAGAGAGCACCGCGCGAACCUGUAAGAUGAGGCACGAAUGAGAUUCCAGCAUGUCUUUCAAGAAGGAGACGCCGCUUGCCAACGCUGUGUUUUGGGCAGCGAGGAAAGGGAACUUGGCUUUGCUUCAGCUGUUGUUGAACAGCGGCCGAGUGGAUGUCGACUGCAAAGACGGAUACGGUACCUCAGCAUUAAUGGUGGCUUCAUACAGCGGUCAUUAUGAGUGUGUCCGGGAACUCAUCUUGCAAGGUGCAAAUAUUAACCUGCAGAGAGAGACAGGUUCCACCUCUCUCUUCUUCGCUUCACAGCAGGGCCACAAUGAAAUUGUCAAGCUCCUGUUUGAAUUUGGAGCGUCCACAGAGUUUCGGACAAAGGACGGCGGCACGGCGCUCUCCGCAGCCUGUCAGUACGGUCACUCCAGAGUGGUGGAGACCCUUCUGAAGAACGGCGCCAACGUCCACGACCAGCUCAAUGAUGGUGCGACGGCCUUAUUUUUGGCGUCCCAAGAGGGUCAUGUGACCGUAAUACGGCAGCUUUUGUCAUCCGGGGCUAAAGUCAAUCAACCGCGAGAGAUUGUGUUUUUGGGUCAGGAUGGCACAGCUCCGCUCUGGAUGGCAGCCCAGAUGGGACACAGUGAGGUGGUCAAAGUUCUGCUGCUGCGAGGUGCAGACCGUGACGCAGAUAGAAAAGACGGCUCCACGGCUCUGUUCAAAGCUGCACAUAAAGGCCACUGUAACGUCAUCGAGGAGCUCCUCAAGUUCUCUCCUUCACUCGGCCUUCUGAAGAACGGUUCUACAGCUCUUCAUGCCGCCGUCAUGGGCGGGAAUCCAAAAACUAUCGAACUUCUGCUGAAGGCAAAUGCUGAUCCAGGUUUACCCAACAAGAAUAAUGAACUGCCGGAGGAUCUGACGAAGAAUGAGCGCAUCCUGAGAGUCCUGCGCCUGCCGCUGCUGAACGGAGGAAGUUGAUGACUGCUGGGUUUGCUCUCAGCUCUCUCUGACAUCCUUGUUUUUAGGUUGAUGAAAAAUGAAUGCACUACAUCCUCCUGAGAGAGGAGCCGCUGCUUUCCUGUCUCAUACAGCCCAUCUUAUAAUGGUGCUUGAUUGCUUGCAACAACACAAAUGCACUGGAAAGCAGAAUUGCUUAAUUGUCUUAUUUGUUUAGUUUUUUUUGUUAAAUGUCUAAAGCAUUUAUCAAAUUUGUAUAUUUUGUAAGAAGCAGCUUAUGCUUUUUUGUUGAAAAAAUAGAAUGUUUAAAAAUUUGUUUUAUAAAAUUAAUAAAUUAUUUUAGUAGUGUCUUGUAGCUUGCAAAUAUAUUUUAAUUAAUAGCAUGUUUUCAAUAAAAGAGCUCAUGAAUCAGUGUUUAUGUCAGGCUACUAAAACAAAGAAAGGGAAACUUCACAACCAAAUAACAAAUAGACACAACACAAUAAAAAAAAAGCUAAAAAAAAAAAAUUCUUGGCUCUUUGAUGAGUAGUUUUUCUUGCCAUAUUUAUUUUCUGCUGAAAUGGAAGUCAAACUUUGUUUUCUUUAGAAAAGUUGAAAUCUUGGUGCGUAAAUAUUUGUUUUCUUAACAUUUUAUGUAGCAUUUUGUCUGUGUGAGAAGUGUGCUAAAAUGUAUGUUUGUCAAAACAAUAAAUGACAAUGAAAAUGCU